AUGAGCGGCCAGCCACACGUCGAAUGGAUCAGCGAAGAGGAGCGUCAAAGGCUUGCCCUGUUGUCUGCGACAGCCGAGGGUAAUUUGCAUAAGGUGCGCAGUCUGAUCAAGUCUGGGGUUCCGGUCGAUGCAUUCGACGACGACUACCUAACCCCGCUGCAAAUUGCCGCCGCCCUUGGCGACUCGUAUAUGGUGGCCUUUCUGAUCGAAUCGCGAGCCGAGGUAGACGCCUGCAACCAACCCGCGAACCUAGGCCAUCUCGACGUCGUGAAGAAGUUGGUGGGCCUCCAUCUGGAGGUGUCCCCAAAGAUCCUACCCUCGCUGUGCCCGUCGCCCCUCGUCGUCGCCGCCGUCAACGGGAUGCCGCAAAUUUGCGGAUAUUUAAUUUCCAGGACCGCUGCCGUCGACGAGACAAUUCCGACCCUAGGCAACCUGACGGCUUUGACGGCCGUGAUCCUUUGUUCUCGACCCGAGAACUCGUACAACACCAUUAUUUCAGCGCUCUUGGAUCUAGGUGCCAGCCCGACCCGUCGCACCUACCGUAACUCAAAGUCGGCAAUCGAAUUAGCCCAAGAGCUUCAGCGAGAAGAGAUCUCCUUGACGCUCAACGACAACAAUCGAAUCAGACAUGUUGACCUCGUGCAGCCAACCGACUUUCGACAGCUCUUAAGGGAGAAUAAGCUCGACAAGCUGCAGGAAGCAUUGCUGGCAAAGACGACAUUCAUGCCCGACGCCGUCACGCCGCUGAUGUGGGCGGUAGCGGUCGGCAGUGUACAGGGGGUCUACAAAUUGCUCGAGCUCCGCUACAAUGUAGACGCCCAAGAGACAAAGCACGGCUACUCGGCGCUGAUGCUUGCCGCCUUCCUGAGGGAGAACGAGAUGGUCGACGCGCUGCUGGAGUGCGGCGCGGGGGUGGAGAAGACGGAGCCGAACACUCUCCAUCAAACGUCGUACGACCUUUAUCUUUGUGCAUCAGACGAGCUUGACCCAGACAUCCGGGCCCGCCUUCACCGGUACAAGCCGAAAACCAAGAAGCCUAGUCGCAACGACAACAAGAAGUUCUCCGGCUCGGGAUCGAAGAGUCUGGCAAAGCGCUUCGGCCAGUUCAGCCACAUGAAACUGGUUCGUGUCGAGCAAAUCCUCCACCGCCUACGCCACAUCUCGCCUCCGUUGAUGCGAAGUUUGGACAGCGACUUCGAGGCGGUGCGCAGUCUGGCUGCGGAAUUCUCGUCGUUCGCCCUGGUCACCUUCUACGAUCGAUACAGCGAGACGCACAUCGAAAGGAGGGUCGAAUCCGAGCCGACCAGCCAGGAAUACGAUUUGGCCAUGAAAUUUGCAAAGGAAUAUAGCUAUGGGGGUGGCAAAGAGAAGAAGCCGAUACGUCCUGUCGUCAAGCCAAGAACCCAGCCAGCCCCGCUCUACUUGCGGAAGGAGGGCAGCGAGUUCGCACGCCCCCGUGUGCGCUCGAUGAUCGCGAUUCAGGAUGGUCCGCCGUCCGUGUCGCUGCGCACCACCCCGAGGAUGCUGAAGGGGUUCCAGAAGUCGCGCGACUCGCUGAUCCUGGAGGGCGGCGAGAUGUCGCCGGGCAGAGCGCCGGGACCCAGCUUCCAGUUCCCACCCACGUUCGAGAUGAGAAAAACCGUAUCCACGCCAUCGCUCCCCGGCCAAUCGACCCUCUCCCUCCUUGCACCAAGAAUUACCGAACCACACGGAUAUAGCCUGAGGAGUACACUACCUGCUCCGGUUGGUGACGAGGAAAAAAUUUGGGGUGAGAUGCGACGCCGGGGACUUGCCGAUAAGGUGGAGGUGAUGAUCAGCGAGGAGAUUGACUUUGAGACCUUCUUCGCCCUAACGCGCGAAGAUCUGCAAAAGAUGCAAAUCCGCGACUCGGAGACGAUCGCUUCAAUCCUGGACAUACAGAAUAGUCUCGGUGAAAUGUGGGGACAUUCCUACAUG